CUUUGCUCCCCAAACUGACCAUGGGGGUCGGUACCAAAGGCAAGACAUCCAUCGCUUACACCUUCGCCUUCGGAAAUUCACUUUUUUUCCAAUGAAGAUUAUUCGGAAAACCCUGCAGCUCACGAUCUGGCUAUCCGCGUGUCUCGUCACCUCCUAUUCCUACAGCAAUAGCAACGUGCCGGUAGGCAAAUCCAGUGCCAGGAACACUGAGACUUCCCCCGUCCCUAUAUCUUCGCAUACCUUUUUGUUCCGAUCCCACCCCAUUGCAUAUGAGACCGCUGUGGUCAGAUUUCCCACCAAGAUAGCCGUGCCGCCGCAAUCACCAACCACACCGUAUCGAGACGUCUCGCCGGUGCUGCUCCUGAACGGCUUUGGGGUCGGGUCCUUCCACCAACACCGACUCAUCCAAGCCCUGCAACAACAGUCCGACCAAUCUACAGUAACUGACAAAAACAGCAAUAGAGAUGAACCCGCCAGUCUUGCUACUAUUAUUUACACGCUUGAUUAUCUCGGACAAGGUCGCUCCUGGCCCGUGGAUUCCAACGAUGGACAAAGUGAAGCGGAAUUGGGAUUGCGCUACUGUGGACAAACAUGGGUGGACCAGAUUGUAGCAUUUUUGGAGACAAUCGUUUUGCCUGCUCGUGAAUCCUGUUUCUCGUCCACGAGACACUAUACUGCUCCUCCGGAACGAGUCCAUUUGGUAGGCAAUUCUGUCGGCGGACACUUGGCCGUAUUUGUGGCUGCCUUGCGACCCGACUUGGUAGCCUCCGUCACCCUGCUCAACGCCACUCCUGUUUGGGGACUCAAUUUGCCCGGCUGGACCGGUCAUUUGCCGGCUCCUUUUCUGCCCAAGACCAUUGGUCGAUUUCUGUUCGAUCAGAUUCGCAAUCUCAACACAAUCGAACAAUAUUUGGCGGCGGCGUACGUCCAUCGGGAGGCGUUUGACGCCACGCUCAUGCAACAAAUCCGAGCCUGCACUGAAAGUCAAGGGGGACACGCGGCCUUUGCCUCGAUUCUUUGGUCUCCUCCCGUGACCUUACCGACGAAACCAAAUGAUGCUCCAAGCAAUACCAAAAACGACUACAAAAAGAUCAACGCUUUCGACGAAGCCCUUUCCCGGCUCGAGUGUGACGUUUUGCUAUGCUUUGGAGCCGACGAUCCUUGGUGCAAACCGGCCUUUGCAGCGCGUAUGCUCCGAGCUCUGGGACAGCGUCCAACGGGUAAGGUCCAGCGAUACGUGGAACUCUCCAGCGUUGGUCACUGUCCCAAUCACGAGGCGCCAAACGCCGUAGCAUACGUUUUGCUACCCUGGUUGCUUUCGUCAAAUGCACAACGCCAACAAAUUGCAUUGGUGCCAGCGCCACUCUCAGAAGACAAACGAACGUCAGUACGAGAAACCUGGGGGGUCACGGAAUUGACCGAACGCCAAGCCGACGACAUUUCUUUAUCAUUAGUGGAUCGACUAGCCGUACUAUUUGUAUAG